AUGAUUGCGGCCACGCGGUAUCCGGCCUUUUCUAGAAACUUUGAGGACGAACAGGACUACGCCGACGCAGCGGUUUCGGCGGCGAGGAAGGCCAACUCGCUUCCGAGCGGGGUGAAGCUUGCCCCGAUCUUGCGGUGGAAACGGCGGCAGCAGCGGCAGCAGCAGCAGCAGCAGCAGGAAGGGGAGGCCAGCUCGCACAAGGUCAAGUGCAAGACCCUUGUGGUCGGUUUCGAGGGAGGCGGGGCAUCCUUCGCGCAGAAGUGCUUUGGCCUUACCGCCGAAGAGGCUGACUGGAUCGGCACCGUCGUCUUGCCCGGGGCGCCGUGCUCUGGCGCGGACGCGGCGUCGACGACGGGGGGGAUCGGCGAUUCCCUCGAUCCCACGGACCCCCUCAACUCGGCGUGCAACAUCUUCCGCAAGACCUGGGCGGGGAAGGACAACCGAGGCUGGAAUUGCGAUAAGGGGGAGGGGUGUGGCGAGGCCGAGCCGUUGAGCAACGGCAGCAACGCCAAUGGAAACCCCCCCGGCGGAGACGGCGGCGGCGGGAAAGAGAAGACCGGCGACGAAAGCAGCGCCGAAGUCGAGGGUGGAAGUGGUGGUGGUGGCGUUGCCAGCAAAGACUUCCACGAGGGUAGCGGUAGCGACGUGUUGGUCGUGCUUUGCGGGUACCGCGUGCCCCCUCGGCAGGCGGAUUCCUGGGCGAAGGCCCUUCUCGGCGGCAUCGAGGCCGAGGUGGUGGUCGCGCUGACCACCGUCGAAGCGGAGCCGGGCAGGAGCGAGGGGUGGCGAGGGGCGAGGCUCUUGGCGACGGCGGAGGCGGAGGAGAGGGAGGACUGCUUGAAGAUGUCGGUGGGUUUCCAACCUCUACGAACGCCAACGAUGCUGAGCGGCGCGCCGGCCGCGCUGGUGUCCUACUGCCAAAGGCACGGCCAGGCGGCCAUGUGCUUUGCCGCUGCGGAGUCCCCCGGCAGACGAGUGACAGCUUUGCCGCAGCAGGUGCGGCAACAACUAGGCGUUGACGGCGGCGGCGGAGGCGGUCGCUUGGCUCUGGCGCAGAGAAAUCUCUCCUGUGCGCGGGAGGCGCUCGGCAUAGUUGCGGGAGCGGCGGUGGUGGUGUCCGGUGGGGAGGAGACGGGAGGCAAGGAGAUGGGCGCUUUGGAGGACGCACCAAGCAGCCUGUACGUUUGAGUGCGGCCAGCGGGGGGCGUGGGGGGAGGAGGGGAGCUAACGCUGGGUGUCUUGCGUUUCGUUUGACACCUUUCUUUGCGCUCAGUUUUUACUGUUUGGAAGCCGCGAAGGCGGCUGCUGGUGUACAAUCUAAGGGGUGACUGUAGUGACAUCCGGGUGUGGUGUGAGAGGGUGGACCUAUCAUAGCAAAUAGAAAGCUGUGGUGGACAGCGUAGCGAGUAGGUUAAAAGGCUGGUCGGGGCGGGGGUGGGGGCUCGGUUGAGAACCCAUCCCAGCGCCCUUUCGAGGCAAGGAUUUGGGGGUGGUGGGGGUAUGAGUUCGCGCCGAAACUUGCAUUAGCUUCCUUCCCGAAUCUCACCACUGUUGUUGAGAGUCAGCUAGACCGACGAUGUUUCUUUUGCCCAACCCGAUUCAACUACGUGCCGGUGGGGAGAGGAUUCUGUGGAACUGCGAGGGCAGCCACAAUCGACCGCGCUUUCCGCAGUGAUACAUUGUGAAGCAUGCCAGUGACACCACAUUGUACUCUGCUUUCACCCUGCUGUCGUGUCUGAUAGUUUGAAAAGCUGCUGUCGUGUAUGUAGGCACGUCUAGUCUACUACGUAGCGGUAGUAAGUUGACUACAUCUGUUACACAGCACGAUGGAGGCAUGUUCUGUCCAUGGGGGCGAUCAAGGCGUGUCUGAUGGUUGUUUUGCAGUCCUGCAAUUUCUACGAAAAAUCGUGCACUUACCCCA